CCUACAAUGGAAGUAAAGAAUGCAACACAUGUGUCACUGUUCACUCUUUCUGGAUUACAGGAUGAAACGAGGCAGAGCAGAUAUGCCAUUUUCUUUGCAAUGUUACUUUGUUAUUUUCUGAUUGUGAUUGUCAAUGUGACACUAAUUGUCACCAUCCUCCAAGAAAAAACCCUCCAAGAGCCAAUGUACAUUUUCCUGUGCAAUAUGUGUAUUAACACAUUGUAUGGAACUGCAGGUUUCUACCCAAAAUUCUCUUAUGACAUACUCUCAGAACAUCAUGUGAUCUCAUACGUUGGAUGCAUCAUACAAGUAUGUAUGAUUUACCUCUCUUUUCCAAUAGAUUUUAAUAUUUUGACAGUUAUGGCUUUUGACCGAUAUGUUGCGAUAUGCAGACCACUGGAGUAUCAUUCUAUCAUGACAAGCAGAAAUGUUGCUAUAUUAGUCAUAUUGUGUUGGGUUCCCCCUAUUCUCUAUGAAUGCCUGAUCAUUUCUUUGACUUACAGAUUAACUUUAUGUGGGUCACAUAUUGAUAAACUCUACUGUGAGAACUGGUCCAUUGUUAGACUUUCCUGUUCUCCAACAACAGUUAAUAAUGUUGUUGGUUUAAUUAUAAUAACAGCAUAUUUGUUUCAUGUGUUUUUCAUCAUCCACACUUACGUUAAACUGAUCCAAACAUGUUUGAAGUCCUCUGAUGGCAGACACAAAUUCCUGCAGACGUGCUUGCCGCAUCUGUUUUCACUGAUUAAUGCAACUGUUGCGUUACUCUUUGACAUGUUGUACAGUCGAUAUCGAACAGAAAAUUUUCAGCAGGGUCUAAGAAAUUUUCUGGCUUUGGAAUUUUUGAUUUUCCCUCCAAUUCUCAAUCCCCUAUUUUAUGGAAUACAACUGACUAAAGUUCGAGAAGCAGUAUUCAGGAGAUAUAGAAGACAGACUCAAGUGAUUUUUUAG